AUGAAGGAUGAUGGCUUGCAGAGCCAGCUGCAACAUGUCAACGAGACAUCAUCAUCACAAUCACCAUUAUCUUCACCAGUUGUAACAUCAGUGACAGCGACAAAAGCAACGACAUCUACAUCAACAUCGACAUCGAUAUCAAUCAAUGGUCAUCAUAAUACAGAAACAGAUACAGAUGAGAUAAUGGAUGAUAGUGAGAUGAUGACAGAUUUCAAUAUAGUAAAUAGUAAAGGCGGCGGUAUCAAUGGUCAAAGCAGUGGCGGCGGCUCAAUGAUGAUUGACGAUGAUCCACUGUCAUUCAUGACGAUGAAGAAUGAUUGGACUGACACAGAGUAUCGUCAUCUCUUGCCAAUUGUCAACUCAUCGUCCUCUGUACAGUUGGUUGCAUGGUCAUCCGACAACUUUAUCGCAUUCGUACUCAAUCAACAACGUAACCUAUUUGAUACAUGCAUGUCCGACAUCUCCGAUGACCAACAACAACAACAACAACAACAACAGCAACAACACAAUAGAAACAACAAUAAUAAUAAUAAGCAAGACUUCUUCUAUAUUAACGUGGUCAGGGUGGACCUACCGCAUGAGGUCAUGCUGAUACAGACCAAGCACACCAGCUGCAUCAAGUAUUUGGAAUGGUCCAAUCAAUCACAGGGCAGUCUGCUCAUGUCAGUCGACAUGCAUAACAACAUAUGCUUGUAUCGAAAGGUUGACAACUUGGACGAGUGGGCCGAGCUCGGCUCACACCCGCUCAACACUCCCUACCUCCUCCUAAGUCGCUGGAUGUCUCUCAACUGUCCCGUCCUGCCGUCAUCCUAUCCUCCAAUCGAUCGUCCCGAAGAAGGCGCCAUGUUGCCACCAUCUCCCAUGCGACUAUUCGUCGACAACCCGACCAAUGAGAUCGUUACACAAUCCUUUGUCACUCUCUCCAAGGAUGGAAAGAUACAUAUUGUCACUUACAACUUAUUGGAGACGACAUGGAAGCAUAUCACAGGGGAUAUUGGUAUCCCAAUGUACUACUCAAUCGACUGUGCUGACAUUAUAUCGACCAAGGAUGACUCUAUCAUGAUCGCCAUUCACUCUGAACGACUUGGAAACGUCAUAUUCCUCUACAAUGUAACAUAUGACUUUUAUUCAAAGUCCAUUGGAGUAUAUACAUGUGACAAGAUACACUUAUCGGAUUAUGUAGAGACUGAUCAGAUGAUAUUAAAGUCAAAGCGCAACUUGAAGGUGACAUCGAUAUACUUUGAUAACUCAGAGACGUCACUGAUCAUUGCCAAGAGUGGAGUAGAUUGUUGCAUCCUGUAUAGAUGGGAGAAGAGCGAGCAGCAUCCAUCACAGCAUCUGGCCAUCCAAUCGUUGUUCACCAACAAUCAGAGUCACAAGGUGCCCGAGUGGGCAUGCACACACAAGCGCGCCUUCUUCAGAAAGAAGAGAUCGAACACUGCCACCUCGUCGUCAUCAUCAUCAAUCAACACAGCUCCGAUUGUAUCAUCGCUGCACUUUUCAAACAUCACUGGCGUGAUCUGGAUAAACUUCCAAUGUGGCAGUGUCGAGGUCGUCAGCAGCAAGACGUUUGAACGAAUCAUCAAUGCACAACUGCCAAACAGAGCGCCCAACGAACAGGGUAUCUCGCUGGCGCCAUCGCCAAAUGGAUGUCUGGCCGCUUGUCUAACAAACACAAACAGGCUUCAAUUGGUGUCGCUGCCCAUCCGCAAACUGACAUGCUCCAAGUCGGCCGUGGCGAACUGGCUGAGCCAGCUGCUACAGUACUCUAUACUGCGCUCCACUGAUUGGUGGGACAUCCUGAUCGCGCUACGCAUCUACUCUGCGUCGAACGACACACAAGACACCUUCCAUCACGUGAUCACAAAGCUAUCGAUGGAGUGCAAUCUACUCUCAGCAUCGGGGCUACUGCUACAGUUCAGGUCCACACUGGACGCGAUCCGUGCAUCAAUAUAUCGAAUCGUGCAUGGUAAGGAGUUGGCCUUUAUCGACUCACAGGCCAAAGCAUUCAUCAUCUAUCUGCUGGACACGAUCAAGUCGUCCUACCUCGCGCUGAGUCAAGAACAGCGCAACACAGAGGACAAGGAGAACAUUGGCUACCUCAUCGACUGGGCCAUCGAGUUCACCAACUUCUUCCUCAAGAACUCCUUCUACGCCACCUACAUCCUCAAAGACUCUGCAUUCCAAUUCAAUCUACCUACAGAGUACCUUGGCAUUGAAGUAUCAAACUACUUCCCACUGCACUACCUUGAGAUCAAGCCAUCAAAGCAGUUCUCAUUUCCAUUUAUCAGUCUAUUCUAUGAUAUCAACACGAUGUUAUCAUUGUUUGAACUAUUAUGCUAUGCAAAGGCAUUCAAGGAGAAGAACCCAGAGGUACCCAAGGCAAGUGGCUACCACUCACCAAAGUUCAAGUUGGAGGAUAUACGCUUGGCCAUCGAUAUCCUCACUCCACUUUUGAAGGACCUUUGUUUAAAGACUGUAGAUCCCAAGGAACAAUCACAAGUUCACACCUGGAUCGAUGGUAUAUACCCGGGUAUCAUCAGCUCUGAUCAGACAUUGACGUCACCAAUGACAACAUUCAAGUCGUUCACUUCGGAUCGUUUACCAACACUCACAGAGGAGUUGAUAGAGUUGAUCAAGAAACAUGUGCCACAAAAGGUGGCCAAGGAUACAUCAGAGAUAACAAUCACCAACUCAUUCACCAUGCUCGAUUUGGACCCACCCCUGGAUGGCUUCCUCGAUCAGAACCCUGUGCCCCAGACAUCAACGACAUCCUCAUCCUCGUCGUCCACCUCCUCCACAACUACAACACCUGCGAUUGUCUCUGCCAAUCAUCAGAAUGUGGCAGCGGCCACUGCAUCCGCUCAACUGGCAGACACGCCAGUCCACUUCAAGUACUCUCCCAAGAGCUCAGACUACAUCAACAUUGCUCACGACAUUAUCACACGUAUACCUAUACCUCCAAGAACAGAGAAGCCCAUCAAGAAGUGUACCCGAUGUCAUCGUAUGACAAUUCUACGACGUUCCACUCCAUUGUUCUGGUCUGAUCGCUGGUCGUUGGCAUGUCCACUGUGUGGUGGUAAAUGGAGAUUGUACAACGAUCACAUCUAUCUUCCACAGAUAUAUCAACAGAAGUUAUACCAACAGCGUAUGCUCCAGCAGCAACAACAACAGCAACAGAACCAGCAGAACCAGCAGAAUCAGCAGAACCAGCAGCAACAUCAGCCACAUCCGACCAAUGCUCAAUAA